GGCAACUUAUUCGAAUAUUGAUCUUAAUCUCACCAUUCAAAGCUUCGAUUAGUUUUCUUUUCGAAAACCUACCAACGCAAUUUGAUUUUGAUGAAACAUAUUUGUUGACUUUAUGGAUGACCAAUACAACUACGAAGAAUAUUAUACAAAAAUACCUCAUUCUAUGUCCAGAACAAGACAUGUGUUUGGGGUCCAUGUUUAAGCGAAACUAUCCUUUUUUAGACAAAUCACCCUGCACACCAUGUGAAUGUGACGAUUCUUGUGUAAGACGUUCCACCUGCUGUCCCUCAAAGUUUUACAGACAGACAGACACUCCAGACUUUAUUGAAUACCAGAAGAAUAUAAGCGUUACUGAGAAAGAAACUCCAAUGUUUUGCUUUGAACCCUUAUGGAACCCAAAAGGAAUAAGAUCCAAAAGAUCAUAUUGGAUGAUAGAAACCUGUCCUAAUAAUAAAAACUGUAUAUCACCGCCUUCUAAAAACAUAUCGAGUUCUACCCCUGUGACGUCAUUGGCUACCAAUCAAACCUAUCGCAACAUUCAAUGUGCAUUGUGCAACAAAGAAGAAACGCCCAGUCUAGUCGAAUGGGAAAAGAAAAAGUUCUGCAAUUUACGAUCUGCUCUCUUCGCAGAAGAAGACUUCAAUUCUCUAUAUCAAUCAGUCUUUGCCUCAAAUCCUGUAUGCAAUAUUGGAUUUUAUCCCCCAACCUUCUAUGAGGAUAAACUCCAACCAUGUGUUGAGUAUACUCAUGAAGAUAAAUGCAACGAGUCAAACACUGAAAAUAACGUUGUCGAUGCUUAUCUUAUAAAGGCUUGUCAAGAGUUUUAUCUGCCAUACAUUUUUUAUAAUAUCAUCUACAAAAACAUAUAUUGUGCCCUUUGCAAACACGACAUUACAAAUCUUCCGAUUCAGUACUUCUCUGGAGGAUUUCAGUGGGGUGAAGAUUUUCUGCCGAAUCCCUUUUCCGCACUUAUUGAUUUUCAGCAGAUUCCAGAUGAACCAAUUAAAAAGAGCUUAGCGUGUGCGAAAAAUCAAAUGUUGGACAAUCGAUUGAACAUGUGCCUGGAUAUUAAGUGUGAGGUGGAAUACAUGUAUCACAACCAAUCCUGCAGUCUUGUCCACCAAAUGGUUAACGAAAACAAUUACGAAAUAAAUCUAAUAACUUCCGUGAAUGACAAUAAAAUACAUCCUACGAAUAUAUCUUCACAAAGUAUCCUGGAUGCAUUUCAAGUUUUUUUAAGACGUAAAAACUUAGAAAAAUAUCUUUGUAGAAUUUCAUUCUUAGGUCCAGUUGAAUCCGAUGACGAUGUGUUUGACAUGGCUAUGGUAAUUGAACUUUCUAUAAGUAACCUUCACAAUAUUGAUCAAAUGCUGAAAUACAUGUUGAAUAUUUUUUCAAGUUUCAGUUUGAAUAAUAUUCCUCUUUAUACCCCAUUUAAUACCUUUGUCAAUAUCUCUUUUUCUCUCGUUGGUCAGAGCUUCCAUGUCUACGGAAGCAAUCUUUUUCACAAGGUAAUUGAAAAACGUUGCUACGUACAUCCGGGUAGUGGAAAAGAGAUGGUACUAUACAAUAGUUUAAGUACGUUGUAUAAUGGACAAGAGCGCCAAAAUUGUUUAAGGGGGCAAAUGGUGUCGAUAGUAGCUGACUGGUAUCGUUGUCCCAAGGUGAAGAUUAAAACAUCAUAUGCAAGAAUGGAUAUAUCAAACUUCUCGGUAUGUUUAUUGGAUUAUGGUAAAUGUUUCGCGUCAAUCUAUUUUAAACAGUCCUUAGAUAAACGCAGUGUAUCGAUAUGCUUAGAACAGUACCUUCAAUCAUUUAAAGUUAUUAAAAGUAGUUUCAUCUCAUCUAAUGAUAGCCUGAUGUCAUACUUCUCCCUAGUUUGUCUUUCCCUUUCAUCAUUAGGUUCAUUGGCAACAAUAACUGUUUUUCUUUUGAAAGGAUCAUGCCGUCGUAUUGCCGAUGUAAAUAUUAUAAUUCUUGCAACAUUCGUAAAUUUUGCAAAUAUAACAUAUAUCUUAUCAAAGCUUUUUCUCUGGAGUCAGACAUUGUGCAUUGGGAUUGGUAUGUUGGUACAUUUCAACUGGCUUUCUGUCGUCUGCUGGAUGAGUUUAUCUUCUUUCCAAGUAUUUCAUGCAUUUACGUCUUUCCGCGUUUCGGAAGUUAAAGUUGUGCCAAAGGUACUUUCAUACUUGGUGGUGAACCUGAUUUUUUGUUUGUCCCUAGUAGUUAUCAACGUUGUCGUAAGCUUUGUCAAAAGUAAUAGAGAAAAUUUCGGUUAUUCUGUACUUACCUGUUAUAUCGCUGACUCUGACAUGAUUCUCUUUACUUUUGCAUUGCCUGUGGGUGUGCUGAUCUGUAUUAAUAUGUUUAUGUUCGCUGUCACGGUGUUUAGAAUUUCUAAAAGAAUAGAUGUUCAAAAGUCACAAGAGGAACAUAAAAUGAGAGCAUAUUUCAGGCUGUCCACCAUUACUGGUGUCACUUGGCUGUUUGGAUUUUUAGCUCAAUUUACUGGACAUCAGCUGUUUGAUAUUCUACACACUGUUUUCAGUGGUGGCCAGGGUUUGUUUCUUUAUCUAGCUUUUGGACUAUCGCUAACUACAAAGCAAAUUAAUAGCAACCAUUCGAAAGAUUCCAAAACUCUCACUUAGCUUUAGCACCAAAAUGAAACCUGCAAGAGAAUUUAAUACAUACUUUAUCGAUGUUCUGACUACGGGAAAAGACUUCUUGUAUCGUUGUUGUCGUUUUAAUUAAAUUUGUUUAACUUACCUUUGAAAUGUUUCUUCAACAAAGGGGUUACAAUGUACCAUUAUAAAUUUUUAUGAAAUAAACAUUAAUAAACAUAUCUAAUUCAAACAAACAUUUAUUGAUAUAGAGAAUAAGUGCUAAUUACAAUGAAUUUAAAUAAGGUUAUCUAUCAUAUAAACGACAGAAGAAAUAUACAUUUGUCAAAAAAAGUAAUUUUAUUGUUGAUGUCGUUGUUUUGUGUUUGUUUUUUAAAAUCUAUUCAUUACAGAUAAAAAAUGAUUUUAAUUUUUUUGAAAAUAGAAUUUCCGCAAAAAGUAGAUUCUUGUUUUGAAAAAUUGAAAAAAAGUCAUUGUUAGUUUUCUGAAUUUUUUUUAAAAAUUAAACCAUGAAACGUCUAUUCAUCUUGAGACCCAGUAAUAAUUAUGAAAAUGCACGUAGAAACUUAUAUUCAAUAUUUAUAUAUGCUAUAUAUGUCUAAACUAACAGUUUGUUGUCGAAUACUCAGUGAAUAGGUUUUUAUAGAAUUUCACAAAUUUUGGAGGUUCAAGUUUUCUACAUAAUGAUUUAUCAUAGAAAAACUACAUUUCUUGGUUUCAAUUGUAUCAUAUUGUAUCAUAUUGAUGUUGAUUAAAAUAAAUUAAA